GACAAAUCCGCCAUGCAACCAAAUCAAUAAUCAUGUUUCAAAUAUCAAAAUUGCAACGUCAGUAAAUCAGCUCCAGGCCCAAAACUAAAUAAAUUCUGUAUUUUUUUUCGUCGAAAUUUUGGUCGUUCCUUAUGGGACACAGAAGCAGGUCCAGAUCAGGCUGCCGACACAUCACACCGGCGGUUUACUGUAAACAGAGCGGAGGACAUCAUCACAAAAAACGAGGCGGCAGAAGUAAAUCCAGAAAACGACGUCAUGGCAGAUCCAGAUCCAGAAAACGGAGUUGCGGAGGCGGACGUAGAUCCAAAUCAAGAUCAAGAAGACGCAGAUCCAAAAGACACGGCAGGAAAUCCUGUCACUCGUCGAAGCGCAGCCGGAGCCGGAGCCGAGGCAGAUCCCGAAGAGGCCGGUCCAGAAGAAGGGGUAAACAUUCGAAAAAAUGUCGUCCAGGCAAACAAACCAAGAACCCUUUUCUCAAUUAUUUAAGAGUGUUUCGCUCGAAACAUUGCAAAUGGCCUCAGUACAAAAUCGCUAUUGAAGGUGCCAAGUGCUGGUGCAAAUUGUCAGACAAAGACCGCCAGAGGUUUUACAAUGAAGCGUGCAGUAUGCGCAAGGGUCACAAGGGUCGCAAGAGGAGCAGGAGCAGGAGAAGGGGCAGGAAAGGCCGCAGAGGGCACGGGUGUCGGAAGAGGAGUCGCAGCAGGAGGGCAAGGAAGAAAAAGGGCCAUAGUUGUCCCGUGAGAUGAUUAUCCAAUUGUCGAUGUAUCAGUAUUCUUUUUUUUCAAAUUUUCUGUGUGUAUAAAACAAAACAAAAAUAAUAAACAUUUUUAGCCAUAA